AUCAGAAGAACGUAGUAGUUCCUCUCCCUUCCUAUCUCAUUUCAUUCGCCCCCACCCCCACCGUGGGUCCUCCGCACUUGGCUAGAAUCACCGGCUGAGCGCCGCCGCAGCUCCUGCGCCUGAGCUCUCCCCAGCUCCUCUGCUCCGCCGCGCAAUUCGACUGUGGGCCCACACAAGAUCUUCCUCCACCGCCACCCCCACUCCAGAUCCGUCCGGAUAGGUCCGCCAGCAACGUUCGCCUUUGCGACUUGCGAGGAUUAUCUACACACAUCUCUUGUGGAACUGGAACUGCAAGUAGAGUGGGUCUAAGCUCCUAAUGCGAAUAUGAGUGUGCUUGAGUUGAGGUCAAUUUGUUCGAAAUUCUAGGGCUUUUCACUUAACUUUGUAGGAGAUGAAUGCUGGUUAGGGUUUUUGUUUCUUCAUGGAAUAAUUAGUUGGUAAGUUCUGAUAUCAGUUCUGUUUUACAUUCAAUCAAAAAGAAAGAAAAAGAAUGGAAGGGCAUUUGUCUCAAGGAGGUAUGAUUCCUGGUGGAACUUCUUCUUCUUCCUAUGGAAUUGGGGGUCUUGAUUUGCAAGGAUCAAUGAGGUCUCAUCAUCACCAACAUCAUCAUCAGGGACAACACCCACAUUCCAUACACCCGCACCAGUGCCCAUCUUCCUCCGUCCACGAGAUCGGAUCAUUACAUAAUUGCGAUCACGCCAUCUCCUUGGCUGAUUACAAUAAGGGUGCAGAGAGGAGCAAGAACUCAGCCACUGCCAGUGAGGAGGACGAGCCGAGCUUCACUGAAGAAGGUGUUGAUGGUCACAACGAAGUCAAUAGAGGGAAGCCGUGGCAGCGCGUCAAGUGGACCGACAAGAUGGUCAAGCUUUUGAUCACCGCCGUGUCUUAUAUAGGGGAGGACGCAGGCUCAGAUUGUGGUGCUGGUGGAGGAAGGCGGAAAUUUGCGAUUUUGCAGAAAAAGGGAAAGUGGAAAUCUGUUUCCAAGGUCAUGGCUGAAAGGGGUUACCAUGUUUCACCCCAGCAGUGUGAGGAUAAAUUUAAUGACCUUAACAAAAGAUAUAAGAGGCUUAAUGAUAUGCUCGGGAGGGGCACUUCUUGCCAAGUCGUCGAGAACCCUGCUCUCUUGGAUGUGAUAGAUUAUCUAACUGAGAAAGAAAAGGAUGAUGUUCGGAAAAUAUUAAGCUCAAAGCACCUGUUCUAUGAAGAGAUGUGUUCUUAUCAUAACGGGAAUCGCUUGCAUCUGCCUCAUGAUCUGGCGUUGCAGCGUUCUCUACAAUUGGCUCUUAGAAGCAGAGACGAUCAUGAUAAUGAGGAGUUGAGAAAAGUACACCAAGAUGAUGACCUUGAUGAAGAUGACCCGGACGCGGAAACUGAUGAUCAUGACCGCGACGACUUGGAGGACAAUAAUAUUAACGCAUCUUCACAUGGGGACAGGGGAAUGUAUGGGAUAUUAGUGGAACCUGGAAAGAGGUUCAGGCAGAGUCAGGGCGGUGAAGAUGUUGGUUUUGGGAGUUCUUUGAGUGUUCAGGACUGUAACAAAAGUUGUUAUUCCCAACCACAAGUGCAACAACUCGGUCAAACUGAUAUGAACCACGCCCCACCUGAUGGCACAAGGGUGGCGUGGCUGCAGAAGCAGUGGAUUGAAUCUCGCUCGCUGCAAUUGGAAGAAAGGAAGCUACAAAUUCAAGUUGAGAUGCUGGAAUUAGAGAGGCAACGCUUGAAAUGGCAAAGAUUCACUAAGAAAAGAGACCGUGAGUUGGAAAAGCUAAGGAUGGAAAAUGUGAGGAUGAAGCUCGAAAAUGAGCGCAUGGCAUUGGAACUAAAGAGAGAGGAAAUAGGUGCGAGCUUUAGUUAAAAUGACUUUGCCCGUCUGACCGCAGGGUUACAUGCUUUUUUGGUUUUGUUUUAUUUCGUCUCUUUUAGUAUUAUUUUAUGUAUCUUUUUUUUUUUUAUAUAUAUAUAAAAAAAAGUGAGUUCAAUCAAACGGCGUCACUCGUUUCAGUUUGAACAAAACAACGCAUCAGAAAGUAAGUGGGAGAACCUUUGUGAAAUGACAACUCUGGCUGGUUUAAA